UACCACCUUUGUUUUUGUGCUAUUGGUGAAAUGAGUUCCCAUUUGGACUGAGAAUAAUAUGACAAUAAAGUUAGUUUCCCACUUUCUAUGCCUUCCUUAAAUAGACGAUCUCUCUCAGAAAAAUAUGAAGCUUGGUUCUAUGAAGAGUAUGGUCCUAAGGAAGUCCUUAAGCUGGGGAUUUUACCUAUUCCUACUCCUCAGCAUAACCAACUACUUGUCCAAGUUCAUGCUGCUGCUUUGAAUCCAAUUGAUGUCAAGAGGCGUCAAUCUCCCAUCUUUCCUUCUGACUUUCCAGCGGUUCCUGGCUGUGACAUGGCUGGUGUGGUGAUAGGAAAAGGUGUUGAUGUUACAAAAUUUGAUAUAGGUGAUGAGGUUUAUGGCAACAUCCAAGAUUUCAACAAUGGGGAAAAACCAAAGCAGCUUGGAACUUUGGCACAGUUCAUUGUUGUGGAAGAGAGCUUGGUUUCAAGAAAACCAAAAUGCCUUUCAUUUGAGGAGGCUGCAAGCUUGCCUUUGGCACUUCAGACAGCAAUAGAAGGCUUCACAACUGCAGGUUUUAAGAAGGGCCAGACAAUAUUUGUGGUUGGUGGAGCAGGUGGGGUUGGAACUUUAGUGGUUCAGCUAGCCAAACACUUCUAUGGAGCUUCUUAUGUUGUGGCUAGUUGUAGCACCCCAAAACUGGAAUUUGUAAAACAGUUAGGUGCUGAUAAAGUGGUGGACUAUACAAAGACUAAAUAUGAAGACAUUGAGGAGAAAUUUGACUUUCUUUAUGACACAAUUGGUGACUGCAAGAAAUCUUUUGUUGUAGCAAAGAAUGAUGGAGCAAUAGUUGACAUAACAUGGCCUCCAUCACAUCCAAGAGCAGUUUAUUCAAGCUUGACAGUGUCUGGGGAAAGCUUGGAAAAGCUUAGGCCAUAUUUGGAAUGCAAAAAGCUCAAACCUGAAAUUGAUCCCACAGGUCCAUAUCAUUUUAACGAUGUAAUUGAGGCUUUCCGAUAUUUAGAAACUGGAAGAGCUAGGGGAAAAGUUGUUGUCUCUUGCUUCCCUUUGGUGGAUCCUCACUCUCCCAUUUUAUCUAGGGUCAAUUCCAAGAUAGGAGUUAAUGGCCUCUCAGAGGAUAUUUACAUGAAGUAGUUCACUAUUAAGUAAUAAAUAUAUUAUAGUUACUACUAAUAAGUAAUAACUAUGAUAUGAAUUAUGAAUUAUAUGAAGGAAAAUAAUUAAAAUAAGGCUUGGUCUGUAUAACAUAAGGUGGCACUGAGGCUGUGUACACUAUAUGGAUUAUAUGUGUGUUUUAUGCUUCUUUUUUUUGGGUACUGUCUUAAGCUUCUUUGGGCAUUUGAUAAAUAAAAUCAAGA